UUUGCAGAAACAGAGCGUGUAUCACACAUAAACCCUAGAAAUUAGCAGCAGUUGCACCAGCAUACCAAUACCAAUUUAGGAUAUGCACCAGCAACUAAGGCUUGGUAAUCCAGUUCAUAUAUAAGGCGAUGUUGGAUUCACGGCCUACUGAGACUAGUUGAGAUCUGCCUGUUAGCAAUCUGACACAAAUGCUGCCCCUCCGGAUGAUGAUAGCCUUGCUAUCCAUGUCUUUGGUUGUUGUGUCCCCUGCAAUGGGCAUACCAACGGACGACAAGUGCAAGUGCCUCAUGUGCGUCUGCGACCUGGAUCCGCACCCUCUGCCACCGGCAAUGCCGUCGCACCACCCAGCCCCUUACCCGCCACCGUCCGAGCCAGAGCCACGGCCAGAGCCAAAGCCAAAGCCUCAGCCUGAGCCUGAGCCACAGCCGGAACCAGAGCCAGAGCCACGGCCAGAGCCAAAGCCCAAGCCUCAGCCUGAGCCUGAGCCACAGCCGGAACCAGAGCCUGAGCCGGAGCCUGAGCCACAGCCGGAGCCGAAGCCAGAGCCGAAGCCACAGCACUGCCCGCCUCCGCCGGAGCCUGUGCCGACGCCAGUGUACUACUACUACCCACCGCCGUCGGAGCCGGAACCAACGCCCGUGUACUACCUUCCACCGCCGGCUGAGCCGUACGAGUACCCGUACGUGCAGCCGGCGCCGGUGUUUGGCAUAGUGGGGACGCCGGGGCAGAUGUACCCGCGUGACAGCAUGUUCAACCCGUCCACCGCCCACCGGAAGCUCUGUCGUGGAAUAUCCUCCAUAUUCCUCGCCUCCUCGAUCGUGGCAGCAGGGCUACUGACAUUGCUCAUAUAAUGUACCCAGAAAACAUUCAGUCCACAGACUGAACCUGAUCAGCAACCAAUUUGUAUGUAAUGCUUCAUUCCGCUGACGAUGCUACUCCUGUUCAUUUUUUUCCCCUUCAUUUCAAAUGUGUAACUCUGAAAGAAAAAUGCGACUGAUGUUGAACUUUGAA